GCAGUAGCCAACCAGGUCGCCAUCUUCUUCCCCCCUCCCGGUUUGGCAUCCUGAUCUUCUUCGCGUGUCUCUAACGCGCCCGCAACCUUGCGACGGUGCCCUCCACCAUCACCACCCACCACACCACGCCACCCUCUGUCCCGUCCUUCCUUGGCCCGCCAUGUAUAGCACUCCUCAAUCCUCUGUUCCCGCUCCGAUGAAUGGCAUCGGAGGGGAGCUCGUUGAUGGGUCGGGGACGAUCAAUCCCGCUGCCCUGAAUAAUGUCGCCGUAGUGCUUCCAACCCCAACAACAUAUGGUGGCAUUGCAACCCCAACGAGUAUAGCUCCUCGUGGUGUGAAGCGAAGUCGAACCCCAGACCAGCGCGGGAAUGCACGCGCGGAUGGAGACCAUGACGACGAUGAACAAGGCCGUCGGAAACGAGGCCGUCCUCCCAAGACUCCGCGUCCGUCUGCGACAACCCCCAGCGAUCAGACCCCCUCCAAUGUUCACCUUCAGACGCCCCGGUUGCAGACUCAGCCUCUGCCGGCGCAAUCUGCCGUCAAUGUAUCGCCGCCACAGGCUUCUCCGCCGGAUAAGACUACGCCGACCAAGACUACGCUCGUCAAGGCCCUGCCUACCGUCCGGGAUCAUACGACCGACCAGCUGAACGAAGAGGGCGACGAAUACAUCCCCAAGGAAUUCGACGAGGCAGGUGAAAAGAAGGUGGAUGCCAUGGGCUACCCUCAAGGAGGCCGAGAGUACAAGUGUCGCACGUUCCGCGUUCCUCUGCGUGGGAAUAAGCUUUUCAUGCUUGCGACCGAAUGCGCAAGGGUGCUGGGUUAUCGCGACUCGUAUCUUUUGUUCAACAAGAACCGUUCGCUCCACAAGAUCAUCGCCAGUCAGAUCGAGAAGGAUGAUCUCAUCCAGCAGGAUAUCCUACCUUACUCGUAUCGUUCGCGCCAGAUUGCUAUCGUGACGGCCAAGUCGAUGUUCCGUCAGUUCGGCAGCCGCGUGAUUGUCAAUGGGCGGCGCGUCCGCGACGACUACUGGGAGAGCAAAGCACGGAAACAAGGAUUCACGGAGGAUGAUUUGGCCGGUGAGAAACGACCCGGCGGCGCGAAAGCCCGGGAUGCGGCGGCAGCAGAAGCUGCGGGCGCAGCCAACUUUCUACCCACCCUCACUCAUGGCGAUGUCAUCUACAGCAAUGCGCUGGAAUCUGUGCCAGGUAGCCUGCCUCUUGGUCCGCCGUCGUCGGUUUCUCUUGCGCCGCCACUCCCUAUGAUCCACAUGGCCACCACCACCGAUGAUCCCCGGUUGCGGGAGUAUAACAGCAUGCCUCGCCCGCGCCAGGAAUUGACGGGACAGCCUUUCCAGGAUCGCAUUCAACCCAGCUCGGCCGCUGAAAUCCUCAACCAGGCCUCACACACGGCCGAGUUCAACAAAAUCCUAACGUCACAACGGAGUUUUCGCCAGAAGGGCUUGGACGACUUCUACGCCAAGCAACGGGAGGUGCCUGUUUCUGCGGCGCAGUCCCAGCCUGGUCAACUGGACUCGACACCGUCUGUGUCACAGCCCUUGCAGUCGCCACAGAUGGCUUCCACGGGAAUGAUGAAUGCAGCUCAGUCGCAGCAGCCCAUGAUUUCCCAUCAGGCACCGAUCAUGUCUGGCCAGUCAGGUUUCCAGCAACCUGCGGCUCAUCAGCAGCCACCUGUCGCACAGUCCCCUGUUCGGGGCGUUCCCCCCGUUCGGCCCGAGUUGAUGCACCAAAGGUCUAAUCCUGCCAUGGCUGCCGGGACGCCUCAGCCGCCUGGACCUUACGGAUAUCCCUCUCAAGCGCAACAGAUGUGGGGACAACCACCACCCCAGCCGCAACCAUCUCCACUUUCUGCCGCUGGUCCUCAGGGCGUCGGCAUGCCCCAGUUCCCGUCGCAAAUGCAUACGCAGCAGUCACCAUCGCCGCUCGCACACUCCAUGCCGCAGCAGCAGCAGCAGCAGCAUUCGCAGUCUCCCCGGAAUCAGCCCCGACCUUCGGCGCCGCCGAUGCCUCAGAACUUUCCCAUACAUCCUCAGCAGGCGCCUCAACAACAGCCCAUGGCAUCGAUGGGUUUCCCUGGUGUCACGGCUGCUCCGUAUCCAGCAGUGACUGCCGCCAGAGGCAUGUAUCCUUCGACGCAGGGUCCUGGAGGUCAGCAGUUCAUGGCGGGCACUCCCCAGCAGCCUGGUUUGGCCAUGGGAAUGAACGCUGGCGGUGCUAUGCCGGGAUGGCCUCCAGCUGGCCCCAUGCAGCCCGGUCACCCGCAACCCGGGCAGUCCGGGACACCUCUGGGAUGGUCCGGUUACUAGAAGCAAUGUGAGAUGGCGAUGGCCGGCUUAUGCGAUUCGGCGUUGCGGUGAUCUGGUGAUGUUGAUCUAUGAAAAGAGAUGCCCGUUUGACUUGUUAUCUUCAUUUCAUCUUUCUUAUACUGUGGGUCUUGUCCACUUGCUUUGAGAUCGGUUACUCGCAUCUUCCCGUCAUACCC